UAUAGGAUUCCUUCUUUCUUUACCGAUUAAAGUCAAAGUCAAUUCGACUAAGGUGGUUUCGAUCUGUACUAAACAUUACAGAUAUCAUUUUCAUAUAGCUCCUGAUCACGCUUCUCGUGAAUUAUUUUAUCUUUAGACCAUAAUAUAUGCAAAAUAAUAAUAACCGAAAUAGAAAGAGAACGGGAGUUCUAAAUUAGAACACGUCACGGAAUAUGUGGAUUUUGCUGUUAUCUCGAGUAUGCAUGUCGGUCGAUGAAAUGUGUGUGCAAUUUAUACCUCCAUUUGAGAACAAAUAAAUAGUUUCAAAGAGUGACUUCACGUGAAAAGUAAAAUGGAAAUGUUUACGAAGAGUUAUAUUAAAACUGACCGUCCUCCGUUUGAAUUAAAGCACAGAACGAUUCCGGAGGUAUUGGAGCACUACUCAGAGACAAAGGGAGACGGCGAAGCUAUUAUUUUUGUGUCAACGGACAGAAGUCGCGAUGUUGUCACAUGGUCGGAGCUUUACCAAAAGUCUUGCAAAGUAGCGAAAUCUCUCAUUAACUUGGGAAUUCGGAAACAGGAAAUUGUCGCUGUAAAAUUGCGUUGCUGUCCAGAAUGGUUGUUUGCUACAUACGGAGCAAUGAUGGCUGGAGCAAUCCCUGUCAGUAUAACGUUUACGUACACAGAUGGAAGCGACCUCAUCGCAAUGAUGGAAAAGCUAAAGAAAUGCUCACUGUUAGUUCUAGAUCCUGGAUUAGAAAGCAUUAACUGGAACAUUCUUCGUACGCUUCUUGACGAAUAUAAAGUGGACAGUAAAGUUCGAAGUAAGAAAAUGCCUUACUUCAGACAUUUUAUGUGUUGCGUUCGACAGAGAGCCAGAUGCUUCCAGUGUUAAGGACUUCAGAGAUCUUCUAUUCGAAGACCAUCCUGACAUAGAACUACCCUACAUAGACCCUAACGAAUUUGCCAUGCUAUUUCAAACGUCAGGAAGUACAGGGGUACCAAAGCUUGUAGCGCACAUGCAUCUUGGCGCAAUGAAAUUAACAGAAUCACAUGCGUACGACUUGAUGUAUGACAUCCUG